AUGUACAUCGAUGGAUCCGAUACAAAGACAGGCCUUGGAGUUGCCUAUGCAAGUGUAGAUGGUAUCACACUGCUGGGCCAUUACAUUCCAACAGAUACAAAUGACAGAAUCAACUUCCAAGUCAAGGCCCAUGAAAAGAGACAUAGGACUAACACCUGUACCCCGGCACCGGCCAACUCUGACCUGAUCUACCUUCUUGGCACCAGCAGGGAGAUUCUCGGCCUGCGCCGAGAAGGCCCAUUAGAGUGUAUCAUGCCGCCCGAGUCAGAGGAUGAUGACCGCGCCUUCGAUACCUUCAGCAUCGACUUCAAACCCCUCGACGUAAACACGUUCUUCGCUGGCGGCCGAUACAGUCGCUUGUGGAUGAUCGACCUCCGCUGUCCUCCCGAUGAGUGGGACUGGUGGCAGCCUCGCAGCCCUGCCAUUGCGCAUGUGAAGGCGCUCAACGAGCACCAUGUCCUGGCAGCAGGCAUCAAGAGCGAGAUGUGCAUCUACGACGUACGCUUCCAGAAGAAGGAGACGACGCAGCCUAUUGUCAAGUUCUAUGACUACAAGAACGAGGAACACCUCGAUAUUGGGCUGGACGUGAACCGCUCUGCUGGCGUGGUAGCUGCGGCGCACGACGACGGCAAGGUUGCGGUGUACUCGCUGCAUAGCGGCCAUAGGCUCAAGGCCGGCGACGUCGACGGCAUUGCUGCGGACGGACCUGUCAAGAGCAUGAUGUUCCAGACUAUGCCCAGAGAGAAGGAAGCGAGCCUCUUCGUUGGUGCGGGACCAUACAUCCAGAAAUACUCGUUUGGUACUGCGGACAAAGACGAAGAGUGA